AAAGAGCGGAAAGUUCGCUACGCAGCCGCAGUCCAAUACUUAUUACUCAAAGAGUCGUUUUAUACGUAGUAGAGGGGAUUGAUGUGGACAUAUUAAAGGCAGUUUGUGUUUCACCGCGGUCUGGAGAAGCUUUAGAAAAGGUAAACAACGACGAAGGCAACAGGGUUUAGCAGCUAGCGGCUUUGAGCCUCAGCUAGUCAUCAGACAGGGUUGGACAGAAAAUGGAGAAGGGAGAUUUCUUGAAGGGGCUGCCAGUGUAUAAUAAAAACAACUUCAGCAGGUUCCAUGCAGACUCUGUUUGUAAAGCAUCAAACCGGCGACCAUCUGUGUAUCUUCCAACCAGAGAAUAUCCAUCAGAGCAGAUCAUCGUCACAGAGAAGGCCAACAUCUUGUUGCGGUAUCUACAUCAGCAAUGGGACAAAAAGAAUGCAGCCAGAAAGCGAGACCAGGCGCAGACAGAGGGGGAAAAUACGGCGCCUCCACGAAAGCUUGCUCGGAUGGACAGCCGGGAGAUGAAUGAGGAGGCAUGAAGCUCUUCCAGUAGACUGAUCUGAUCCCUCCAAAUGCACGCAUGGACCCUGAACCUACCUGAGCUGUUCUCAGAUCUCUUCCUGAACCACAACUACUUUCACACCUCUGCCACAGAGCUGUAGUCUUGAAAGCAGCAUGCAUCUACCUCCGCAGGCCGCACGCCGCCUCGUUCUCCUUCACACACUUAAGUUUUCCUUUUAAAAUGUGCAGGCUUGUUGCUCCGCAGCUGCCAUCACUAUUAUGUCAGCAUUUAUUUCACUUAGAAGGAAGUUAUUUCCAUUACUUUUCUGUGAUUGUCAUAUUUAUUGCAUAGAAAACAGUGUUAUUUUAGUGAGAAUAUGAUUCAGGGCUUUGCUUUGUGAUGAAAAGAGACACAAAAGCUCCAGGAAACGUUUCUUCUUCUCCUGGUGAGCAGGGAUUUAUUGCCUUAAGUGGAAGCAAGCAUGUUGUAUAAUGUUUCAGGAAGAAAAAUUACAGCUGAGGACACGUUCAAGGAAAAAGUUACACCAACAGUUGUAGUAGAAUGUGACCGUCUGGUUUUUGUAGCAGCAGAAUUAAUGUGAUAUUUCAUGGAGUGUGAGGUGUGUAAAGUUGCCGUUACACCAUUAUAACAGGUUAGCUACGAGCUUUACCCGCAGCAGUCACGCUUGAUUAAACUAGUCGGUAGUUCGGGUCACGCUGAGGGAAUACGUGUUCUGGCUAACAUGCUAUUGCGUGUUAGCUGCAUGUUAAGUGUGGAGCUCACUACUGUGCUGACAUAUUUCUGCAGGAUUUCUGUGGUGAUGACCCUGGCUCUUUUACUCAGGUGACACUUCUCAACACGCCAUGUUCUGCUGUGGGGAUGAAAGCCAGUGUUCAUGGGGGAGGACUGGAUUUCUGCAGGGUUGAAACAAACCCUGCAGACUGAAAGGUGACUAGGCCGGUCAAGCUGCCGGCUUCUUUUUGGGGCUCUUCAUGUUUUGGUUUCUGCCACCAGACUGAGUUUGGAAUGUGUUUAUUUUUGCUCUGAAAUGAUUUUAUAAAUGUUAUCAAUUUAAAUCCUU